AUGAGAUUGAAUUCGGUAGAGUUUCCUGUUGAGAAAAGAAUAGUGGUUGCGAAAGAGGACGGGGUGUGCUACAGCACAGAGAAGAAUAGCCUGGCCGAGGUGUGGGACAAGCUGCUGGAGUACUACAAUGAGAAGGCCCGUUCUGAGCAGAAAGGCCAGGCUGAGGAAGACGAGCUGCUUAGGAUGCUGUGUGAGUCCAGGAUUGAAGCAGAGACAGGUGUUGCUGUGUAUGACUUGAUUGAUAAGGGUGUACUGGCGAUGCAUAAGGUAAAGAGUAGAAAUGAGGAUGCAUGCGAAUUUAAGCAGGUGAUCUUGGAGUCGUGCAUUAAGAUCAUAGGAAAAGGAAUUGAGUAUUUGAGGAGCGCAAUAGAAAAGGAGGAGGCGAUCUGGCAGAAAGUUGAGCAUGCAGGCUUGCCAUUGAGAUUAGUGGAUGGAGAGAUCAGGAUGUAUGUUACUGAGUUGGAUUAUAUUGUGGUUGACAACGAGGGAUCGUAUGUGUAUCCGCAAGAGUGGAAGCCCAAAGGACUGAGAUGCACUGUGGCAUACAUGGAACUGCGAAUAGAGUGCUGGAUGCCUCCUGAGGGAGAAAAAGAUGUUGAGUUGGUCAAGGAGUACUUUCUAGAGCAGUCGAUGGUACAGAGAAUGCACAAGAAUGGGAUUGAGAUCGAAGUUAAGGCUGAAGGAUGUGAAGGAUGUGCAAUAAGUGACGAGAUAUGCAGGUAUGUGAUUGAGGAGUUGAGGGAGGGCAGGAAAAUGCAAAAUGUGUUUAGCGAUGUGGUAGUUUAUCUUUCAAGGAUGCUGGUUGAUGCAGUGGUUGGUAGGAAUGCCUCGUGUAGUGUGCUACGAUACAGUGGGGAUGAUCUUGAAGAUGGAUUGCCAGAGGUGUUUUUUGUUGUGUCUGGAAGUGAAGUGGUUAGAGCAGAGAGGAGUAUGGAAAGAUUUGAGAUUUUUGUGAACGAGAUGCCGGUGAGGUUUUUUAUGCGUGGCGAUGAUGGAUCGGCUUGCAUUAAUAUCGACACGCGUAUAUGCAUAGAUGUGCCUACACGGGAUUGA